AUGAAGGAUGCUACAGGAGGCUGGCUAUGUGCUUUUCAAAAUCCACCUCAGAGCUGGAAUUCUGUCACUGAUCCAGCAUCAGAUCAAUCACGUCUGUUCAUUGUGAUUCCAUCGCCUCUCAGUGAAGGUGAAUCUACAUUCAGCAGCAGAAUUGAUCUGACUGAAAGAUGUAGUUCUACUUCAUCCAAUGAAGAGGAAGAGCCUUCUGGGAAGCCUCAGUAUACCAAGUGCCGUUCACCUGAACUAGAGACAUUUUCGUGCUACUGGACUGAUGAAGUUUAUCAUGGUCCAAAGAGUCCAAUAAAGCUGUUGUAUAAGAAAAGGAUUGACGAAGAGUGGAAAGAAUGCCCUGAUUAUGUCUCUGCUGGAGAAAACAGCUGUUAUUUCAAUUCAUCCUAUACCUCCAUUUGGACACCCUAUUGUAUCAAGCUAAGAAAUAUUAGUCAUGAGUUGGAGAAAAGAUGUUUCACUGUGGAUGAAAUAGUACAACCAGAUCCACCCAUUGGCCUCAACUGGACUUUGCUGAACACCAGCCUAACAGGGAUCCAUGCCGACAUCCAGGUGAGAUGGGGGCCACCUCCCAAUGCAGAUGUUCAGAAAGGAUGGAUCCUCUUGGAGUAUGAGCUUCAGUACAAAGAAAUAAAUGACACCCAAUGGAAAAAGAUGGAACUCGUACGCACCACAUCUGUUCCAGUGUAUUCCUUGAGGUUGGAUAGAGAAUAUGAAAUACGAGUCAGAUCCAGACAACGUACCUCGGAUAAAUUUGGGGAGUUCAGUGAAAUACUUUAUGUAACAUUUCCCCAGAUGAGCCCUUUUAUAAAUGAUUGUGAAGAGAAAAUCAAUGAUUUCCCGUUUCCAUGGUUCUUGAUUAUUAUCUUUGGAAUAUUUGGGCUGACAGUGGUGUUAUUUGUAUUCAUACUUUCUAAACAACAAAGGAUCAAGCUGCUGAUACUGCCCCCAGUUCCAGUUCCAAAAAUUAAAGGCAUAGAUCCAGAUCUUCUCAAGAAAGGAAAAUUAGAAGAGGUAAACACGAUCUUAGCCAGCCAUGAAAGCUAUAAGUCUCAAUUCUACAAUGAUGAUUCUUGGGUAGAGUUCAUUGAGCUGGACAUUGACGAUCCUGAUGAAAAGACGGAAGAAUCCGACACAGACAGACUUCUAAGCAGUGACCACCAGAAAUCCCUGAAUUACCUUGGGGCGAAAGAUGAUGACUCUGGACGUACAAGCUGUUAUGAGCCAGAUAUUCUGGAGACUGAUCUGAGUGCCAGUGACUCCUGUGAUGGGACUUCAGACUUUGCUCAGUCACAGAGGAUGAAAGGGAAAGCAGAUCUCCUAUGCCUUGAUCAGAAGAAUGAUGGGUCACCUUCUAAUUGUGAUACUCCAGCAACUCAUCCACCCAACAGUGUCAUCCUUUCAGAAGGUAGGAAGCCAAGACCACUUCUUACGAGUGGAAUUGAGUCAGCUGGCCUACCUGUCCAUACUCAGCUGAGCAACCAGAGUUCACUGGCAAACAUUGACUUUUACGCCCAGGUGAGCGACAUCACUCCUGCAGGAAGUGUUGUUCUUUCACCCGGGCAAAAAAAUAAGGCAGGGAUAUCACAGUGUGAUGGGCACCCAGAAGUGGCCUCACUGUGCCAAGCAAAUUCCAUCAUGGACAAUACCUACUUCUGCGAGGCAGAUGCGAAAAAAUGUGUUUCUAUGGCCCCUCAUGUUGAGCCAGAGCCCCGGGUGGAGCCGAGCUUUAGCCAGGAAGAUGUUUACAUCACCACAGAAAGCCUUACCACUACUGCUGUGAGUUCCGGAAUAGCGGGAGGACCUUCAAAUUCUGAAAUGCCCGUGCCUGACUAUACCUCCAUUCACAUAGUACAGUCUCCCCAGGGCCUUGUACUCAAUGCUACCGCGCUGCCUGUGCCUGACAAAGAAUUCCUCACCUCGUGUGGCUAUGUAAGCACAGACCAACUGAACAAAAUCAUGCCCUAGCCUUUCUUUCGUUUACCUUGCGCAUAUAUAUUUAAUGGCAUAAAGAUGGCUUGGGCUAGUCCACUUAAACCAAAAUAAUGUUUAAACAUUUUUUUUGGCGGUUCUUAAGCGCUUUUUCCUGAAGUGUUGAAACAUGAUAAACACACACAAACACACAAGCAUUAAUCAGACUCUUUCCUAUUGUGAAUUGUAAAUAUUUUAAAGCAUUGUCUCUCCAAGACCAUUGAGUAGCAGUGAUUGUCUUGUUAUUGUGGGUGUUGAUUUUGUGAUACUAAACAUUGAAUGACUAUGUUUUUAAUGUAUAGUAAAUCAUGCUUUUUGAAAAAGCUAAAAUCAGGUGGUUUUGCAGUUCAGGAGAAUUUAAUGCAAAUCAUACCAUACACUGAGUUGUUUGAUGUUGUUUUUUAAAUCGGUAAUUGGAAAAACUAAAUAAAAUAUGAACAGGAAGGCAGAAGUAGUUUGGGUAAGUAAAACAUUUAUUUUGACAUACAAAUUGAUAAAGAUAUUUUAAUAUUCUAGACUUAAAGCACGGCUGUUUUAUAUUACGGUACACAAUGUGUACUGUAAUUUAUGCUGAUCCAUCUAAAGAAUGUAUUCGUUGCAAUUUUACCAAAGCUGGUUUCAGUUUUUGGUCAUUGCAGCAAAAAUAAGAAGCAAAAGUGAAAUAAAAUAAAAUAACAAAAAAAGUUAGUUUUUAUAGGGUCAUUUUUAUACCUCCAAAAAAGAAUCCUUAGAUAAUUUUAAAAUGAUUAUAGUGACUUAUUUUAUUAGAUCAUAUUCAUCUUACCGUAAGGUGUUUUUUUUUUCAGUGUACUUAUACAUUUUUAAGUUUUCAGGCAAACUUUAAGUUGUACAAAACAGUAAGAGCAAAGAAUCCAUUCACCACCAUAUUCUGAUCCAUGCCCAUGUCCGUAGGUAUCAAGAGGAGUAAAAGUUAUAGCAGACAUUUCUUUGCCAGAACAUUUAAAUACUGCAGUUGCACCUUGAGCGAUUUUGAGCCCAUGGGAGAAUCCAAAAUGAGCACUGUAGCCUUGGCAUCUAUAUAUCUUUGCAUAUAGAGCCUGAUUUUUAUCCCAUUGUUUCACAAGUGGGGAAUGAGGUACAUGAAGCAUUUUGUAUGUUGAAACCGGAUGAAAUGAAGUGAACAGGGAACAGAGGGCAAUGUGGUUCAGGAAACUUGGUUUGGGGUUUUUUCAGAUUUUUCCCCCAUAGCCUAUCAACAGCCCCCAUCUUCCAGGAUUAUCAGGGACAAGAACAGCAUAAAUAAAUGAGAUUUGUGGAUAACACAAGAUCCCACAAACCAAUAUCAAUAACUCUCUCCCAUACCAAACUUUUUUCUUAGGGCUUCUUGUGUGUUGAAAAGCUGUCUGAUCUGAGCUCCACCUCCCUUAGUUUUUCCUCUAUUAUCCCCUCAAAGAAAAUGUUAGUAAAGAGUGAGACAGCUGCAAAAUCAGGCAAUAGAAAAGAAAAGGAAAAAGGGAAGAUCUAUGUAAUCCACAAAUCAGAUAAUCAGUCCCUGAUCCCUAGUAGAUGUGAGGAAAGUUCUCCCAAAAGUAUAUUAUUAAAGAGGAAAACACUAUCUGAGUGAGAGAAUGCACUUCAUUUGAAGCAGCAGCAAUACACAAAGUAAGACAGAUGGAACUUUGAAUUUUACUUCUCCAUCAGUGGGAUUUGCCCAUUUAGCACAGGCAUCUUUAAGACGUGAACAACAUCAUCAGGGACUUUCAAUCCCUUUUUUCCUGAAAGAACUGCAGCCAGUUGCUGGAACUGGAAUUGGAAAGUCCAGCAUGUGACUUUGUAGUAAGUGUUUAUUAGAUCUUCUGCUAACUUGCUACUGCAGUUUUCUAACAGCUCCAUUAUUUAGUUUCAUGUAAGAUUUCAUAAAUGUAACACUAAUUCAAUUAAAGCUACAUAUGUUUUUGGAAGAAGUCUCUUACUAUACUCAAAUAGGCUGACAAAGUUUCUAUAGCCAAAAAUAGUUAAAAAAAAAUACCUCAAUCAAGCUCAGAAUGUUAUUUUGGUACUUUACUGGUUAUACAAGCCAUUAUUCAGCAGUAUGAAUAGUUGUGUCUUUCGGUUUAUAUUUAACUUCUUUAUGUCUGUGGAUUUUUCCUUCAAAGUUUAAUAAAUUUAUUUUCCUGGAUCCUU